CGAUGCGGGGCUCCACGCUGUUCAACACGGUGGCGCACUGCACCACCGUGUACUACUACGCGCACGUGCUGCGCUACAUCGCCGACAUGAGGGCCACCGUCGGCGACGAGAAGGUCCUGCACAACUUCAUCGACUUCCGGCCCAAGUUCUUCACCAUGUGGGGGCUGGCAGCGCAGGCCCUCCUGUUUGUGCUGUGCUCGCUGCACGACUUCACGCGGGUCUUCUCGCCGGCCAACCCCGUCCGCCGGGCAGCUCGCGGACUCAGGGACCUGGUGCUCGUCGGGGUCGCCGCGCCCAUCGCCGUGACGGUGACGGCCAUGUUCUGGGCACUGUUCACGCUGGACCGUGAGCUGGUCAUGCCCGCCGCCCUGGACAAGGCCAUCCCCGUGUGGCUCAACCACGCCAUGCACAGCUUCGUGCUGGUGCUGGUCGUCGUGCAGGUGCUCGCCGAGCCCCAUCACCCUCCGCCGCUGGGCCUGACCCUGACGCUCGCCCUCGCCGUCAGCGGCGGCUACAUCUACACGCUGCUCAACGAGUACGCCGUCACCGGCCGCUGGAUCUACCCCGUGUUCGACGUCCUGGGUUGGCCCGGCCGCGCGGCCCUCAUGGCCGCCACCAUCGUGCUCUUCCUCAGCCAGGUGCUGCUCGCGUGGGCUGCAGUGCGCGCCCGCUGGGGCCAUGCCAAGAGCACUUCCAGAGGAGGCAAGAAACGAAAAGACUGAACAUUAUGAGAGAUGAAAGUGUGUUUUUUAAGAAACUUUUCUAAAACAAAAAAAAAAUGGUUGAUUGUACAAAAUAAAAAUAUUUUCUUUCCCACUGUUGAA